CUAUGCUUCUUUGGAGAAAAAUAUUCCUAAACCACAUGAGCAAUUAGUGAAUUGUUCUUAUCCAAGUGGUAAGGUUGAGAUAUCCACAAUUAAAUCAGUGGCAAGUCGAUCUAUAAAACAUCAGGAGGCACUCGACUCCUUCCCAAAUUACUCAGCUAGCGCCAGAAAGAAAUAGAAAGAGAAAUGUAUCACCGGGGCAAUCCUUUUUCAUGGUACGGCGUCGACGGCGAUGUCAACGCUGUUGCCUCUCGACCGGAUGCCUUGCUUGCCAACGGGGCAGCGUUCCUUCCUCCGUCGAGCUACUCUCCGUCGCAGUCUCAGCAGCAGGUCCCGCUCUCGUCCCCGGCAUCGUUCCGCCGUGUGUUGAGCUCGGGAGACCUCCUCAGGCCGGAGGAGGAGCAAAGCUUCAGGGCAGUACAGCCGGUAAGGUACAGCGCGGAGGAGCGGCGGGAGCGCAUCGACAAGUACCGGAGCAAACGCAACCACCGCAACUUCCAAAAGAAGAUCACCUAUGCUUGCAGGAAGACGCUUGCAGACAGUCGGCCCAGGGUGAAGGGCCGCUUCGCGCGCAACGGUGCUGAUUACACGGAAGCGGAAGCGGAAGCGGAGGCGGAGGCGGAGGCAGAUCAUGUCGUUCAAGCGUCAGGAAUGCAUGACUCAGAGUCGCCGCCGGUGAAUGAUCGUCCAAUUCCAUCUGCCUUCAAUGAUGGCACAACCAUGCCGGAGUGGUGGCCGGCAAUGCAGGAGGCGCUGGCCACCGGCAUCGACGACCUAGAUCAACAUCUCUGCGACGAGGAGAUGCUUGCCGCCUACCUUGGCGUCUCCUCCAUCAGCCUCUACUCACCAUCAUACUCUUCUCCCUCUGCCUCCGGCCAGUGACGACCCAUCUAGGCAUCUAUCCUACCCACCUCCAUCCAGUCUCCAAUAAUAUAUGUAUCUACGAUGAGAUGAACUGCACUUCUCAGAGGACCUCAUCAGUAAUACUGUCAUUGCAUUGUCCGGAUGCAUACAACAUUUGGUAGACGUCUCAGAAUUUUAA